UGUCUUCAUGUGAUAAAAACAGACUUUUAAGUGCUUACUGCUUAAGGACCUUUUGUUCCCAAGUAGUCCAGAAAUUGAACAAAUCCCGAUUUAUGAGUCUUUUUGAAGCAUCAUUGGUUCAUUGCUAAGCAUGGUCGUGCAGUGGAUCUUCUGUUCACAAUUUGGUGAAAGGGAACGGGGAGUGUAGUGCCAUCCAGUCAAAGUUUUUCAAGCCAUCAAUUGAGAUUGCUGCUCAAAAACAGAUGUCACUGAUACAGACAAAAUUUUUGGAUGUUGCUAACAAAAAAAUUGGCACAAGCCAACCAAAUCAAUCAGUUGGCGGAAUGGUGCACAAUGGUCAAGAUGAAGAAAAUGGGACGAUAGCUGGUAUCACAUUGCCAGGAUCUAAACCAUUACUUAAGAGUAGCACUCCUCAGACAGGAUGUCAAGAAAGCUCUAAAGGUCUUUCUGCUAAAAUUCUACAUGUCAAACCUUUGAGUUUGAGCCAGCAGAGCAAAUCCAUGCUACAAAACAGUAGAAAUCCAAGAGUUCUAGAAAGUUCUGUUCUAUCUUCACCAUCCAAGAACACUCUGGCUGAUAGCAACAAAAUCUGCCUGAUCAAGGGUGGCACUCAGAUACUGGGAUUAUCUAGCCCAAAACAUUCCAAAAAUUUCGGAGCAAGUCUUUCUGUAUCUCAAUCAUUGUUGCUCAAAGAUGGUAAAACCUCAAGGAACCCUGAUCAGAAUACUGGUUUAAAAGCCAUCGCACAAGCUAAGGUUACAGAUUCUAUCACCCCAACAACACAAAAGCCAAACACCACACCUCUUAAACGGAAAACACCUGAGACAACUUCUGAAACGACAACUUCCAGUCCAUUUAAACGGCCCUCAGGAUCACCAAAUGGAAACAGAGAGCUUUCUGCAAUUUCAGAAAGAAUUGUUACCGCACAGGACAAUCGGAGUGAGGUCCAAGCCACCAGUAUCAAGAGGGUUGAAUGCAACGCUUCCCAGGCUUCUGUAUUUGAUAUUUGUCAGGGUGUAAACAAUAAAAAAUUAGGAGCCCUUCAAACAUUGGAAGAUGAUGAGAAUGUAGACAAGGCUGAGGCAUAUACAAAGGAGCUUGAAGAUAUAUGCAACAUGCUAAGGAAGAAGCACGAGGAAGCGAAAGAACUUUUAGUCCGGUGUAUUGUGAAUAAUAAUAAGCUGCUGAUGCUCAACCAUCCCAUUCAUGAAGAAAAGAUAUCCUUCUUUCUGCCAUCGUUUCUUCAUGCUUUUUUGCUUUUUCUUUAUUUUUACAUAACUCAUCGUCCCCAAUAAGUUGGCAAGUCCUUCACUUCGUAGAACCUACGCAUGGUGAAAAGUUUUGCUGCUGGGUUGAUGAAGCGAGAGAUCCAAACAUCAUCUUAAAAUUAUCGUCUCAUGGGCUGAGGAAGGACAAACUUGAGACCUUUACAAUGGAACAACACUGUAAUGGCUCUUUUCUCUCGUGUUGGUAUGAAAUAUAUGAGGUAGAAUGGUAGAUGUACACGAACUAAAUUGCUACAUUGUGA